UGUUUGCAUGUGAAUUCGCCUUCAAUAAAUUCACAAACUAUGAUUUCGGAACCCUAACGUCAAUAAUGAAUAUUUGUGCAUAUCAUGGAUUAUUCAUCUUUUGAGUUUUGAGUCUCAUAAACGCUUUCAAUUGCAAGUACAGAGGCGGAGAGAGAGAGAGAGAGAGAGAGAGCGAGCGAGCAUGGAGACGGCGAUGUGCGGCAGACUUGCUCUCUCACCUAAUCACGUCUUCAGCCCUAAACCAGGAGAUAAAAACUCUCUUUUUAAAGGGCCAUGCCUCAAUCGCGGUAUCCUUGCAACUUUAUCAGCUAUAGGAGCAGGUAAAGGAGGCGGGUUGUUGGAUAGACCAGUCAUAGAGAAAACCACUCCUGGCCGUGAAUCAGAGUUUGAUUUGAGGAAAUCAAGAAAAUUUUCUCCACCGUAUCGUGUAUUACUGCACAAUGACAACUACAACAAAAGGGAGUAUGUUGUACAAGUACUGAUGAAGGUUAUCCCAGGAAUGACCCUAGACAAUGCAGUUAACAUCAUGCAAGAAGCACACUACAAUGGCCUCUCAGUUGCGAUCAUAUGCUGCCAGGCUGAUGCUGAAGAACACUGCAUGCAGCUGAGGGGUAAUGGGCUUCUGAGUUCCAUUGAACCUGCAACUGGCGGGUGCUAAGUAUCGCGUCUUAUGGAAAUUAGAGUGGAGUCGUUACGCUUUAUUAGUUUCACAUUUGAAGCAAUAUAUAUGUAAUAUAUGUACAUAGAUUUAGGAUGGCGAUUGCUAUGGAUGAUGUUCAUCACGUGGUCCAAUUACGAUGAAUAUAACCAAAUUCGUUA